AAUGAGUCCAGUCAGACACAAGCUGUUAAACAGUACAGCCUCUCUCUCUCUCUCUCUCUCUCUCCGUCUUUCUCUCUCUUCAUCUCUCGCCCUCUCGCUGUCCUUUCCCGUCUCAGGAGCAGACAGUCAGUGGAGCAUCGGCACGGGAACGGAGCGACACGGGACUGACGGAGGACAGAAGACGGCAAACCUCGCCGACAGCAACAUAACAUUAAGAACAUUUACAGCAGCACAUUAACUGCAAUACAGUUCAAAUCAAAGCAGAAAGCAACAGAUUGCCCCCCAGUUGCAAUUGUUGCUGCAACUGAUGCUCUCUCGGCUAAUCUGAGCUUGGAAACGAAGCAGACUUGCAACAGCUCCUGCAGCUGACAUCUCCUGGGUUUUGAAAGUCAGUUUAUCUGUGUGAAAGAAAUGCUUUUGCUCUGUUAAAGCGCGAGGAAAUCACGAGGCCGAAAAGCAACAGAAACGAAAAGCUUUGAUUCAAAGCAACACGUUUCAAGCUGGGCGUCAACAUCACCUCUACCACCAGCGUCUCCUCCCAUCUUCCUUCCUUCACGAGAUCUGGAGAAGACCAGGCAUCCGAGCUGUGAAUGCACAAGCAGGAGGAGGAUGUUAGAUUGACAUGCAGAGUGCAGAGUUCAGGGAGUUUUGCUGUGAAACAAUAAGAGCGAGAUUUUUUUAUCAGGUGAAGAAGCAGCAAAGAUUCACAACCAGACAGCGACAAGUCCGUCAGACUGUCACCUGGACUUCUGAGGACAAAAAGGGAUGAACAGGACGAUGCAUCUGCCCGAGAACGGAAGCAAAACUAGAAUCCAAAAACUAGAGUAGAAAUGACAGGAAGAGAGAGAUUCAACUCCGCUACAUACAGCCACAGAUAGAUGUUCAGUUAAUCAAAGCAUAAAGAUAUCGUUUAUUAGGACACUUAACCAUCAUCAAAAGUGAGCAACCGACAGAGAAAUCUCUUACUUCACAAGGAUGAUUUUGCACCACCGGAGCAUGCAUUUCGUCUAACAUACAGAGAAAGAGCAACAUCGAAAUCUUUCUUUGAUGUCAACUUCUGCUGCCACUUGCUGCGAGCAAGUUUCCGCACCGAUUUAAUUCGGUGUGAGCAUCUUGGGGUUCUUGCUUGACUCUUCUUUCCGAGGUGAGGUGGAUCUGCCGUGGGGGGCAGCUGACAGCCAUCCAAGACGCCGCGAGCCGUACUCCGCGUGAAGAAUGCCCAGCCGCGCUUGGCCAAGCCGGCCGACCCGGGCCCGACGGCGGGCCUCUACAUGGAAAGAUCGCAGAGCCGCAUCAGCCUGUCAGCGUCCUUCGAGGCCCUCGCCAUCUACUUCCCCUGCAUGAACUCCUUUGAUGAGGAUGAUGGGGUGGAUACAGAGGGCAGGAAGUUGAAGGGAGGCAUCCAGAGGAGCACAGAGACGGGUCUGGCUGUAGAGAUGCCCAGUCGGACCGUCCGCCAGGCCAGCCACGAGUCUAUAGAGGACAGCAUGAACAGCUACGGCUCCGAGGGCAAUCUGAACUACAGUGGCAUGUGUCUGGCAUCGGAUGCACAGUUCAGCGACUUCCUAGAUGGUAUGGGACCUGCCCAGUUUGUUGGACGGCAGACGCUGGCGACAACAUCCAUGGGUGACAUAGAGAUCGGUCUGAUGGAGAGGAAUGGGGGUCUUGAAGUGGAGGUCGUCCAGGCCAGAGGACUCACCAUGAAACCAGGUUCAAAGGGACCUCCAGCGGCCUACAUCAAAGUUUACCUCCUGGAGAACGGGAUCUGUGUGGCCAAGAAGAAGACCAAGUCAGUGAGGAAGUCUCUGGAUCCUCUCUACAACCAGGUCCUGGUCUUCUCUGAAAGCCCACAGGGGAAAGUGGUGCAGGUGAUCGUUUGGGGCAACUAUGGGCGGAUGGACCGCAAAUGCUUCAUGGGUGUAGCUCGAAUCCUAUUGGAGGAGCUGGACCUCAGCACAAUGGUGAUUGGGUGGUACAAGCUCUUCCCUACCUCCUCCAUGGUGGACCCAACAAUGGCGCCACUCAUCCGCCACUCCUCCCAGAUGUCCCUGGAGAGCACCAUUGGGCCCUGUUGUGAGCGAUCCUAAGACUCACACGAAAAUAUAAAGUUUUGUUGUUGCGACUAAGAUUCCAUCACUGUCUCAACCAAAUCCUAAGACACAUUUUUAUAUACCCUGUAGCCCCGUGCCCAGGUCAACCAGGUGGCACUGCGCCUGGAGUAGAUAGGUGUUAAGUAUCUUACUCAAGGGCACUUUGACAGGUCCAACCACACUUGGGACUGAACCACUCUCCUGAUUGGGAAAUGACUUUACUAACUAAUAGGUCAUUUCAGCACUCAUUGGAAAUGUACUGUAACUCUUUUGAUAUUUUAUCAGACUGUUUCCCGAGACUCAUGGGAAGCACAUUUCUUUUGUUGUUGCAACCGACCGCCCCUCAGACUCAUAGGAAAAUUUUGCUCUCUUCAGAUGUCUUUGAUGAAAAAACAAAAACCUACUUAAUGAGGAUACUUCAAAGGAGGGCUCGGUUGCCGACAUUGAUCACAUCCUAUUGGGACCACAAUACACUGCGGGCUCAGCUUUGCUUCAGCUACGCGCCUUCUUCACAGCCUACAUUCGAUUCUCAUUCCCAGGACUGCUUGUUGUCUCUCUGUGUCCUCAUUAAUGGGCUGGACAGCUCCUGAGUGUUAUCUGUCUAUCCAUGGGUCCAGAGAGAAAGUGAGACUGCCCUCAGACUGUUUGAGACACCAGCCUCCCAUUUUGCAGGAGCAUGGGGACAGCUGGUUUUAGGUGAAUGGAUCUGUGCGCAGAAGGACUACAGUUGACUUUAAAAAACGAAUUACGCUUAUUUGUUGUAAUCAACCAAGACAUCUUGGUUUUGAACACUGACUCAAGCUGUUUUUGUUUUUUGUGUCACACAUUUGGCCCUUCAAUGUUCAAUUAAUUUGGUACUAUGUGUAUGUGAGUGGAGUAGGCAUGAAUGAAAGUCCCUUUCAUUUCUAUCCUACCAGUUAGUUAGGACUGCAGAUAAUUACAUUUACCUGCAGUGCCAGGUAUGAAUCAGUUCCCGAGUGGAUUUAUAUGGUUUAAAAGAAGAACUAGCAGGUUCUGACUUUCCAAAGACCAUGUGCCAGUAUGACCCAAGAGCUUGUACAUUUUCAUUACAAUCAUUCACAACAUUAGCUGAUCUGACUGAUUAUUGUGUCAUCUCUUGUGGAAGGUGCUUAUCAGAUAAAUCAGCUAGUGUUGUGUUCGGUAGGAAUGAAAAUGUGCAGCCUUGUGGGUUUUUAGAAAAAGUGAUCUAAGACCCAAUUUUACCUGGUUGUUUCUUGAAUCUGUAGAAAAUUGAUUGUGUUCAAAUAGAGAUUUCCAGCAUAUGUUAGCAUAAUUUCGUUUUAGCCAGAUGGGAUAAAAGCGUACAAGUAUUUGUUGGGUGUCGACCAAAAUCCUUCCUGGUGCAUAACAUUAUGCUAUGUAGCCACUGAAGAUACAUCACAAAGUGGAAAAAUGGCGGAUACAGAUAUCAGGUAUCACCAAACUAAAUUGGAUUUUAUGCAUGCAAUAUUUUGUAUUAUAUUACGAUUAGAAUUCAAAGCGGCUAACCAUAGAUGCAUGUGACGAUCCAAACUGUCCAAAUGCAAUGUGGUUAAACCUUAUGAGGAUUCAAUCUAGAUACAACUGGUAUGAAACAGCCAGGAGUAAAUGGGGUCUGAAAUGUUGAGGGUGUUUUGUCAUCAUUUGGUUCAAUUCUGUUCUGUGUUGUUCUAAAUUUUCACAUCCACCUGGUAGUGCAGGUCACAUCAAGUACAGGAGGAGAUAUUGCACCUGUGUUGUACAGACACAUGAUGAUAUUACAAAAAAGACAAAUGUUUCCAAAAGCAUUGAAGAUAGUAGCCUGGCUGACAGUGUAGGGCUGAAAACUUGCAGUAUAUCCCAGUUUAAUUGUAGUUGGGAAUGCUCUUUGGCUAAUAAUCUAGAAGUAGAUUUUUAAGAUUCCUCCUCUCUUUUUUUUUUUAAAGCUUUGGCUAACAGUUGUCUAAUAACAGUUUCUACUGUGCCAAUUUCUACCAGCAAGUGUCUUCUCCUUCCUCUUCUUCAGUUACCUUGCAGCAUGUGCUAUUGUGAGGGAGGAACAGAAACAACCACUCACAACAUCUGACAGCAGUAUUCAGGAUGUGCAGAGAAGCGUCCCUUUUAUUCUAAAUUACAGCCCUAAUCCACAGACCACCAAGGCACCUGGUGAUUAGCCAUGCUACGACUCAGUAUGGAGAGAGGAAGAAAGGGAGGAAAAGGAAAGAGAGAGGAAGGAAGCAUGAAAUGUACUUUGCAUCAUCCAAACAAAGGAUCUGUCUGAACUGACGUCAGAUUUACAAAAAGGACACAAAUAUAGGAUGAAGUUAAAGGGAACACAAUGUGCACACUAGAGAAAUGUAUAGUUUAUUAAAGAACAAAAGUAUAUGUAUUUCAUUUGGGCACUUUAUGACUCUUAGUGUCUUUUUUAUGUGUAAAUAUUAUGGUUGUUAGUGUCUUUUGGAGUGAGCCAAAGUUAAUCUAUAAUGACUUAGUUGAUUAAUGUUAAAACUCGGAGGGAGGAAAGGGAUAUCCUUGCUAGUUACUGUAAGAUUGUAGCAUUAGCUGGUAGCAUCCGCAUGACUGAUUAAAACAAAUUAAUUAGGAGAUAGCUUGAUAAGACUAAGCAUGAGCUAUACGCUACACAGAAAGAGGAGAAAUGAAAAUACAGUAUGUUGGGUUGAGACCCAACAUUAAUUGAGGAAUACAUACAUAUGUAGCAAUUGAAUUCAGAUUCAAAGUUUACUGAAUUUCAUUUGGGGCUUUUUCCUUUCAGAGACAAUAACUGAGAUCUGUAAUAAGAGACAAAAACAGUUUUGUUUUUUAACUUUGAAGCAAGAUUUCAGAACAAGAGAAUUAGAAUUUCUCACACUAAUUAACUAAUAACCAUACAAUUUGGAGUAAUUUUACUCUAAAAAAACUUUGCAAAAUAGGCCUCUGUUUUGCAAGUAGCAGUGUUGCAGGGAUAUUAAUACUGUAUUUAUUUCCAAACAAAUUAGCUACAUUCUGUAAAGCAAUAAUCAAAAUAAAAAACAUCCAGUCAUUGCAAUUUUUCAGUUGUACAGUGGAAACAAUGAGAAAUGACAAGCUUAGCCAGUGAUUUUCACUGCAAUCAGAUUUCUCAAUUCAAAUAUUCUACAAGACAAUUUAAGUUAUCUUGUGGCAUAUGUUUUGUAUAUAUCAGGACCUUUGAAACAUAUGCGAUUCCAAAACAUCUUACUGCUCUGAUUUAUUUGACACAAGUCAUAGAGGCUUGCUGUCCAAGAGAAACAUUGUAAGGUAGCAGGAUUUUUAGGAUUUAAAACACCUUGAAAAUAGCUUGAAGAAUCUGAAUACAGGAACUGAAAAUCACUUGUUAAGAUCAUUUUAACCCAGUGCAUUCAUGUGUUUUUUGCCAUAACUUAUUCCAGGGAGAGUGUCAUGUAGUCUCUGGGGAAUCUCUGUUUACAGAAGGAGCUGAAAUAUACCCCAUAUACAUUAUAAUUUCUGAUUUGAAAAAUGCAGGAUCAUUUUUCACAACUUAAAAUUAUAUUGAAUAGCAUGAAUUGUAAUCUAAUGAUAACAAUGACUUACUGGUAGUUAGAAUAAAAGGGGACUGUUUUUAAAAACUAGGUGAUAUUAGAAAAGUUGUAUAAAUCAAAUAUAUACGUAUAUAAUAUAUAUAAAUAUAUUUAAAAUCAAUUAACUCCUCUUACUGUGACCCAAGGAAUGUUUUUUGUCAGUGUUCUUUUGUGCCAAAAUAACAUAUUUUGAGGGCUGAUUUCCCAGUUGAGGACCAAUGAAAGAGGCAAGUUUACACACUUGGCAUUCAAUUUUCAUUCAGCAACCCAUAAGAAGAGUACAUUCUGUUCUAAAGAAAUAACUUUGCAUCCAAGAAGAAGAAGAACUCUGUCGCUGAAACAAAAGUAAUAUUGCAUGAUAAUGAUCUAGAUUUAGUGAAGAUAGAUCACAAAGAGAGUUAGUAAAGUUGCAGUGGUAACCAUCAUAUAAGUUUUCCAUCUGUCUACAUCUAACCUGCAGCAGCUGCCUGUACAACACAAGUGUUGUAAAGCAUUAAUCAAUGUUAACAAAGAGCUGAUUGUUCAUUGUAGCAUUUAAAAGCUAAAAACCUUUCCUCUCAUUUGGGUGGAGCAGCAUGGCAGCAGUAGUAUGGCAUGCAUGCAGUGAAUGAUGGGUUUCUAUGAUGGCUACAGGUGCAGACUCAGGCAUUAGUGUGAAUUUGGUGUGAACAUGUAUACAGCUGACCCUUGCAAGAACAUUUUCUUCUCUAAUUCUUUGGGAGAGAUGGACAAAAAAAUUGAUUGUGUAAUUUUGCUCAUCAAAAGCUUCUUGUUCACCAGUCUGAAUUUGUUUGUGACAUUUUGUAACUUUGAAGGCAAAUGAAUGAGCUAAUGAACUAUGUAGAUGUUAUAGUUGACAUAUUCAGCACCAAAAAUGUACGUUUUUGCAUUCACCCAUAUUUUGAUUGUGUCUGCCACAUGGGUGUUAAUUAUGUACUACUAUCAACUGUAAUGUAAGUAGAGGCCUUAAACACACCGAUAUACAUUUUGUCAGGGCUAAGGACUAAGAAUUGUCACAUAAAGUAAUCAAAAUGACGCAAAAAAAGUUUCACAGUGUCACCAUUUCAGCCCAUUACUUAAAGUAAUUUAAGUGUCAUCUAUGGAAAUGAUUAUCUCUGCGUAUGUUCUUAAUGAAUUUCUGAUAUUUCAACUGACUAUUUGUGUAUUCUCCCCACUCCUUGUUGUGGGCAUAAUUGAACAAACUGAGCAAAAAAAAAAAAAAAAACAUGUUUGCAUAGUAGAUAUUCAAACAUUCUGACCUGUUUCUAAACAAGACGUUUUUUCUAAACUUAGAAAAAUUACACUAGUGUUUAUUUAUUGAGGUUUGAAUGCAAAUAAUGGUACUUUCUGGUUUCAAUCGAGUAGAGUAAAAUUAAAAAAACAUAAGAACAUUCGCAAUCUAGCCAUCUGUGCCAUCUGUAAGAAUUGUACUGGAGUCCUGUUGGGGUCCUUUUCCACCCUAACUGCCUUUUAGGUUGACAUUCUGCAAAACAUUAUUAGUUCUACUCAAUUCUAUGGCACAAUAUGGGGCCAUUCUCCAAGAUACAGAGAGAAAACUCUAGGGACAAUUGUGUUACAUAUAUUAAGCAGCUUAUGUGUUCAGCUAAUAACUUUUAGAUGUGAAACAAAGGUAACAUGACUGUCCAUAAAGUUUUCUUAGCCACCUCCGACAUUGCAAUUCAAUGAUGAACAGACUUUUUCUUGAUCUUGAGCGCAUCUAUGACCAGCCUUCCUGGUUGACACUGGCUAUAUUUACAUGCACACAAUAAUGUAAUUAUUGUGAGUUCUCUGAUUAAAGAACAGUAGCAUUUACAUGAUUUGAAGCCAGUGUAACCAUGUGUUCCCAAAGUAUUUUUCCUAAGUCGAAAUGCACAUUUGAACAUUAACUUGUAAGGACAACCUAAUCAACAGAAGAUAUGUUCAGGCAGUCAGAAACACAACAGUAACGUGCAACAAAUCUAAAACAGCCAUAACUGUGAAGCACCCUUGUAAUUUCCAUUCAAGCUACAAGAAUUGAACACCAUGUUCCAAGAUGACAUUAUUCUAAUGAAAGUUGCUUGCUCACUGAAAGUCUUUCAGGCUUCUGUAUGUUUGCCGUUGGCAUUAGAGUCCUUCUCUGGUCGAGCUGGCUGACUGCCUGUUGGCGUCACAUAUACAUUAUAGGCAUUCAAAUAAUUUACUUUUCAAAUUUUAUUCGAACUAAAGGUCAAGAUCACCAGGUCGCACCACCGGGCCAAUUUUGGGUCACGGUGGGCAGUGCCAGGAUGUUAUUUUGAGGUUAAUUUGACAAUGAUUGGCAUCAUGUUGCACCUCUAGUGUUUGAGUUCAUGUGUAUCAUCCACAUUACUUUCCUAACUGAAAAACAACCACAUUUGUGUGCGCAUGUAUGUGGGUCAUUGGCAUGCUGUGAGCUAACCUUGAUGCAAAAUAGUAGAAAACUUUACCUUUUUGAUUUUGUUGAGUUUAGGGAUGGCAUAUGGUAACCCUGAUUAUUCACACAACGAAUGCACAGGCAAAGCCAUGAAGUUUCUGUCUGUUUUUGCAGAAUAUCAACCUAAGAAGCAAAUCUGGGUAGAAUUCCCUUUGAAGUAUAAAAAACCCUUCUGUUACCUUAAAUUAUCCAUAUCUUUUUCCUCUUAAGUUCAUGGGUUUUACUGAUGAGAAAGAAAGAGAACACUGUCGUUUUUUGUUUUUUUGUGACAGUAUGUACAUUUCUAGACACAUAUCAUAUCAUGUUCUCUCCGGGGGAAGAGGUGGAGGAGUGGGAGGAUGAAAAGGUAGAUGCAGCUUCUCUGCUGCGGUUACAAAACGGUGGCUAGUGGAUCCCAAAAGCAACACAUCUCCUCCAGUCUGCUGCAGAGGCAGCGGUUCCCAAACUUUUUCCUUAGAGGUUGUCCCCAAACCAACCCUCAUAAAAGUGUUCCCCCACCUGCCAUCUGGUAGAUCCUCUUAUUCAAAGCAUCCCACAUCACCAUGGGUGAAUACAUUUUUAGGUUGAGUGACCCCAGUGUAAAUCAAAGUGCCAUGGAGUUUCGUAACUUGUGUUUCUCAACACCAUUCCUGAUUCAGUUCCCUCUGACUUUUCUCUAUGAGUUCACAUUUCAGUCACACAUUGCUAGUCAUACACUGGUGUCAACUCAUUUGGACUCCAACCUCAAAUGUUCUAAACAAAUCCUAUUUUUAUUUCUCCAUUUAUGGUUGAUGAUACAAAGUCAUUUUAUCUACAGCAUUCACAGCCUUAAAUUCUCGUCUCUAAACCAACAUUUGAGGCCUUUUGAGGACAUUUGAGAAUUUUUCAAACAUGACAUUUCCCUAAGGCCCUUCAAAUACUGUAUAAGAAGGUAAUGUUUUGGUUUUGGGAUACUCGAUGAGAUGUGUUUUACAGGCCUUCUCAUGCUGUCAGGAACAUGUGAUAUGGGCAACUGUUGGAAGCAAUGCUGAUGGAAAAUCCUCAAUGAUAAGAAUUUAUCCAGGGAAGGUUUUAUAAGCAUGUGUAUUCUUUUUCUCACACAUUCUUUUGGUUAAACACAUUUCACGAGAGUUGCUCCAUCCCUUCAGUCUUCUACUGUCAGCCACUGAGUAGCUUCAUCGGAGCAACUGACUUGUUGCAUUUGUUGCUCAAUGGCAGCUCAGCAGCAGUAACAGGAAGGGAGAUCAUCACUGUUUAAACACAUUUUAAGAAUCAUUUAAGGAUUUCAAACUUCCAUUUACAAGUAUAUAGUAAUUUUUAAAGUUUUCAAUACUUUUCAUCCCAUCUGUAGAUUAGCGUCAACAAAUGUUAGCAUAAACUAAUUUUAGUAAAGCAGUAAGCAGCAAAUGCCCAUCUGCAUUGCUUUCCAUGUGUUGCUCAUGUAUUACUGCCUUGAGAACCUGAAUGUUAUCAGAUGAGUGACAAAGUGGUGUAACUUUAUUUUUAUUCACUGCACUGUCGUUUAAAACACAAGUAUAUUUGCAGAUUCUUUGGCAAACUGUUAUAUUGUUGAGUAAAUGCACAAUUUGGUGUAUUGUUAUUCUAUUCCAGCUGUGAAUAAAAUAGUUUAACUCCA